AUGUAUGUGCACGAAGAGACGGUCAACGGCAAGCGCUUGACUGAUAUUAUCAACCAAGAUCACGAGAACGUGAAAUAUCUUGCUGAUGUGAAGCUUCCUGAGAACGUCGUCGCAGGCUCGAACCUGGAAGAUGUUGCGAAAGGAGCUACGCUUUUGAUUUUUGUCCUGCCGCACCAGUUCAUUCUCAACGUGUGCAAGUCCCUGAGGGGAAACAUUGGUGAGAAUGCCCAUGCAAUCUCCAUGAUUAAGGGCGUUGAUGUGCGGGAUGGCAACAUUCGCAUUUACGCCGACGUGAUCGAACACGCGCUCGGCAUUCCUUGCGCUGCGCUGAGCGGUGCCAACAUUGCCAACGAAGUCGCGCGCGACAAGUUCUCCGAGACUACCGUUGGUUACCGCCCCGGAGGCCGCGAGUUUGCGUCUGACAUUUACUUCAAGCUCUUCAACACGCCCAACUUCCGUGUUGGUCUUAUCGAGGAUGUCGCCGGCGUCAGUCUUUGUGGUGCGCUCAAGAACAUUGUCGCAAUCGGCGCUGGAUUUUGCGAUGGUCUGGGCUGGGGUGACAACUCCAAAGCUGCGAUCAUGCGCAUUGGUCUUAUGGAAAUGAUGAAUUUUUCGAUAAACUUCUUUGACAAUGUCAAGCCCGAGACGUUCACCGAAACUAGCGCCGGUGUUGCGGACUUGAUCACCACCUGCUUCGGUGGCCGUAACCGCAAGUGCGCAGAGGCGUUUGUCAAAACGAAGAAGCCAUUUUCCGAGCUUGAGGCGGAGCUGCUCAACGGGCAGAAACUCCAAGGUACAGAGACUGCGCGUGAGGUGCACGAGUAUCUUGCUCACCGCGGCAAGGUCGACGAGUAUCCUCUCUUCUACAACAUUUACAAGAUUUCAUUUGAGGGCAUGGACCCUGCUAAGCUGUCUGAUGGCAUCUAA